GUGGAUCUGGGAUAUGUACUUAUCUACUCAUUCAUUCAUUCUUGAUCUCUUGCCGUUGUUCAAUUAGUAGUGUUCGAGGUGUGUGCACUUGUGCAGUUCCGGCGCCAGUUCAGAGUUGCAGAAAUAUUUGUAAAAGGGGAAACAUUAUCCGUCAAAGUGGAGACCUCAGGAUUCUAUGAGAUACCAAAAGUAACCAUCAUGUCUUCAGAAGUAGAAACAAAAGAUGAUGUCAGAGAACAGCAGCAAAAGAAACCACUAAAAGAAGCCUUGUUGCAGCGAUGGCAACUAGGGAUUAAAUUAUUGGAAUUGUUGAUUUGUGCCGCCUGCAUGGGAUUUAUCCAUGACCCCGCGCUGACAUCUGGUCUGGGCAAGAGCCACAUGGUUCACGUCGGAAUUAUGUACACCGCUUUCACGGGAUACAUGGUUAUCAAUUGUGUUUUAAUCCUCGGAAGGUGGAUGGGUGACAGCGUUCCCUACAAGACGGUGGCACUGUUCGCAUUAGUUGGAGCUUCACUUUUCCUCAUUACGUGCAUUCUUCUCACUGUCGACAGAUUCUACUUAAUGAAGCAUUACUUCUAUCAUCCCAACAUGCACCUUUUAACAAUGAUGACAACAUCGAUAGUUUUUGCGUUUAUUAAUGUUGUUGUAUUUUCUGUGGACGCUUUAUUCACAUAUAUAAGGAAAGAAGACUUCGCAUAGGUUUAUUUUAGUAAGCAUUGCUAUUACCACUUACCAUUAGCAGUUAUAUUACUAGUAAUUGUAUCUUAAUAGUAUUUACUAAAAGAGUCAUUAAAUAUGUAUGUUUAAAUCUUAAGCCAAAGGCGCAGUAGUAUCAAUUUUUAUUAGUUAUUUAUCUUUUACAAUGGAAAACUAGGUGCAAUGGCAAAAAGUCCUGUUUAACGAAAAUUUCCUCAACUAAUCUUAACCCAGAUAAGGCCAAACCUUUUUUCUUAAAUUUUUGAAAUAUUAAAUUUUUUAGGCUUGUUAACACUAAGUGAAGAAGAGAUUUUGCUAAAAAUAUGGUACUUU